AUGGCAAUGGGCCCUCGUGCUUCAUUGAACGCCUCUUCUCCCAGAUGGUUCAGCGAGUCUAGAAGGUUAAUGGCUAUAAAGCCUGUUGUUUUGGCCGAUAUUGGUGAAGGCAUCGUCGAAUGCGAAGUCAUUCAAUGGUUCGUCGAACCCGGCGCUCGUGUCGAGGAAUUCUCCCCGCUCUGCGAAGUCCAAAGCGAUAAAGCGUCUGUGGAAAUCACAAGUCGCUUCUCCGGCGUGGUCAAGAAACUACAUUACGAAGCAGGCGAGAUGGCCAAGGUCGGCAAGCCCUUUGUCGACAUUGAUAUCGAGGGAGAAGCCAAGGCAGAAGACGUCGAAACGAUAAUUGACCAACCAGGUGACAAGGCGGAUGUUCCUCCCCCUCCACCAUCAGCACCUACAUCAUCCAAGACCGAACAAACACAACAACAAACUCCCCAAGCAGUUGAGACACCAGCGAAGGAAAAGGGCAAAUGUGCAAGCAUCGCUACUCCCGCUGUGCGACAUCUUUCCAAGGAGCUCAAAAUCGACAUCUGCGAUGUUGAUGGAACAGGAAGAGAUGGAAGAGUUAUGAAAGAGGACAUUUACAGAUUUGUCAAGGAGAGAGAUGCAAAGGGCAGUGCUCAGCAAAUAGCACCAACUCCUACACCUUCACUGCCCCAGAAUACGUCGGUGCAAACAGAAACAGUCGCGCCUCUAUCCAGCACACAGCUCCAAAUGUUCAAGACCAUGACACGGUCAUUAACCAUUCCACAUUUCCUCUACGCGGACGAGGUCGACUUUUCAAGUCUCGUGGAACUUCGACAACGUCUGAACCGUGUUCUUGCAAAGAGUCCUUCUGUCGAGGGGCAGCCAAGCAAGCUAUCAUAUCUCCCUUUUAUUAUCAAGGCUGUUUCGCUGUCACUGAACAAAUACCCAAUGCUCAACGCCAGAGUGGAUGUUGAUCCCAAGACUAGCAAGCCCUGCCUGGUCCACCGAUCACAACACAACAUUGGUGUCGCCAUGGACACAGCAGGCGGUCUCGUGGUGCCUGUGAUUAAGAACGUUGCAUCCCUCAACAUCUUGACGAUUGCAGCAGAACUGUCAAGACUUCAGGCACUGGCCACUCAGGGCAAACUGAAGCCAGCUGACUUCCAAGGCGGCACCAUCACUGUGUCUAAUAUUGGAAAUGUCGGUGGUACAUAUGUUAGUCCCGUCAUUGUGGAGCGCGAAGUGGCUAUCCUGGGCAUCGGACGUAUGCGAACAGUGCCUGCGUUUGACGAGAACGACAACGUGAUCAAGAAGCAGAUUACCAACUUUAGCUGGAGUGCUGACCACCGAGUUAUCGACGGUGCUACUAUGGCGCGAGCCGCUGAAGUUGUGAGACAAAUAGUGGAGGAGCCGGAUCUUAUGGUGAUGCAUCUUAAAUAG